UACCAACGCAUUUCAUUUCACUCUCCAUUUGUAGCUCUGUGCGACAUGAGUAUUAAUCAAAUUUAUUUCUCAGGCCGUAAUUAAGACCAAAAAUGGACAGAAAGUCAGCCCCUGGACAAACUUAUGGAUAUCGUAAGCUAAGCAAUAGCAGCAGACUUUAUCCACUUCCACCUUCCGCAGUUUUCCGGUGUCGUCCAACCACGCCCUGGAUCAUUCCCGAGGAUUUUAAAGAGUUACAAAUUGGAUCAUUUUCCCAAGAAUUUCACGAAGGAGGUGCCAUCCCCCCGCAACAGGCCGCAAUUAUUGCAAGCAUAAGCAGUGGAAAUAGCGGCAGCAGCAGUGACGAUAAUAAUUCUCUUGACCUCAAUGUUCUCUACAUGGGAGACAACAUUCCUGAAGAAGGAAAUCGUGGUCAAAUCGGGACAACAAUUAUUAUUGACGACGACACAGCCAGGGAGACUUUCAAGAGUGAAAAGUCGGCAGAAUAUGGAAGGUUGUCCGUGAGUAAAUCGGGGAGAAAAAUGAGGAUCUCGAAACCAAGAGUACUUCCGAUGUCGGAUAACUUUCUGUACUAAUUAGAAAAUCAUGUGCAAUUAAUUAUUAAGUCUUUUUCUUAGUGAGGCAAAUACCUAACAACGAAAAAAAUUUGCUAAGUAUGCAUUUACCCCACCCAAAAAAAGUGACAUAAGUCGAUUUCUCAGCCAUUUCUCAACCGAUUUUGAUGAAAUUUUGCACAGAUCAUUGUCAGGUAAUUUAGAAAAGAUGUGCUAGUCGACUUGGCGAAUUUUUGAUUUUUACCCAAGUUAUGUGCCAAAAUGUGCAAAAAUUUUCCUCUGAAAACAUAUUUAUUUUUAUGACUCAUAAGUGGUGUAUCCCAGCAUGCUCGCUUAUUGAAAAUAUUUUAGUCAAAGUCAUUCCGGACAUUUUAAGCCCAAAAUGACCUAAAUCGGUUGAGAAAUAACGGCGUUAUUCAAGUUUGAAAAUCAAAAAUUUAAUAAAAAUAUUCAAGGUGCCGAUAAUAACGGCGGUUGUGCAGUAAAAAUAAUGUCUUUGACAACCAAAUUACAAGUUUUAAAUAAACAAGGCCCCAAAAAAUGGGAAAUCUUAGUGAGUCAGCACAAUCACAGUUAAUAAAUAAAAUUAGAUUGAAUAACUUUUGCAUCACCGCUCUCGGGAUAAUUUUUACUGGGUCCACUGUAAAUUUAGUUUUGCAUACGCAUGAACUCUUGCAUUCAUUAAAUUAAUUGAGAUUACAAGAUGACGUUUUUACUAUUGAACGAGAAGUUGAAUAAAUUAAUCGAUAUGAAAUAUAAUUGUGAACUGCGAAUUUUAAAUUUAGAAAGAGUUGAAAAUCUACAAUUUCGAUAUAUAAAUUUAGAUAUCCUAUUAAUUCCUAUUCAGAUGAAAUCUCCAGACCCUUUGAGGGGGGGGCAAUUAUUCUAAAUGAUUAAUUAAUGCUUCCAGGAAAAAUUAUACCGAGAGCGGUGAUGAAAAAAUUAUUCAAUCUAAUUUUAUUUAUUAACUGUGAUUGUGCUGACUCACUAAGAUUUCCCAUUUUUUGGGGCCUUGUUUAUAUAUUUUACUUUUAAAUAUAUAUGUAGAAAUAUAGUAAAUAAAUAAACUUUGCAAUAUUCUCUCUUGAAAUGAUCAAUAAAUUAUAAUUUUUCUCAA